ACUCAUAUCAAUUCACACAUAUCCAUAUGUGAACAACCAACAAAGCGGCAAUAAAAUGCACCACCACUUCAUUCUUUACAUCCCCCAACGCCCAAACUAGCGCUCAUAUAUAGAUACACGUAUACAUAUAUUAUAAUGGACGGCGGUCAUAUGAACGGCAUGACCGACAUGCCACCAUCACCAACAACCACCAACCAAACACAACCGAUGCACCACCACACCAUGAUGCACAUGACCUUUUUCUGGGGCAAAAACGGUGAAAUAUUAUUCUCGGGUUGGCCCGGAACCAGUUCGGGUAUGUACGCUUUGGUUCUUAUAUUCGUCUUUCUUCUUGCGUUCCUUGUAGAGUUUUUGUCUCAUACAAAUCUUGCCCGUAAUGGGUCGGGUCGGGUCACGGUGGGUUUGCUCCAGACGUUGAUUCAUACUAUCCGGGCUGCGCUGGCUUAUAUGGUGAUGUUGGCUGUGAUGUCGUUUAAUGGGGGUGUGUUUUUGAUGGCGGUUGCUGGUCACGCGCUUGGGUUUUUAGUGUUUGGUUCGUCGGUUUUUAAGAGACAACCGCCGCCGCCGCUGUCGUCGAUGGUCGGAGAUAAGAGUUCGGAUCAGUCUCCGAUGAUUUCUGCUUGAUUAUGUAAUUUUUGUCUUUUAACCACCGCUAAAAUGGCCGUCUAGCUGUCGUACCAUAUACUCCGUAUUUCUUUUGAAAUUACAUUUUUUUUUUUAUGUAAUUGUUGUCUUACAUUUUUUGUAUUGAAAGAUUAAGCUAGUUUCUUUA